CACUGACUGAAUAGACGACUGGUCUCGUCGGGUCGGUCUGUUUCCAACUAAAACUAGGUUUAUAACUGUUAGUGGAUUUACGAACUAAUCCCGGUUAUGUGUUUGAACGGGGUAAUUUAAAACGUGGAAACACAUGAGAUGACGAGACAUGACUUUGAAAAGGAAAGCUUCCAUGUUUGAUAUGCUCAUAUCUAUAGCUAAGUUAGCUGGCUACAUUUGUUUCUUUUUGUAGCCUCGAUUGUGACUCGGUUAAAAUGUGAAAAGUUGUUAGGGUGACAAUAACUUAGGGGGACAAUAAGAAUGCAAUAAUUUGCAGGCUGUAGGAAACUUUGACUAGGAAGCUACUGUUGCUAAGGCUACAAAUCAUUAUUCUGCAGCAUGUUAGCAAACACCAUAGAAUCUCAACUGGCAGAGGAGUGUGACACUUAUUCUUGUCUUUAGCUGAAAGUGCUGAAGAGUUCGAGAUGGUGAUGCACUGCUGUAGCAGUAUGGUACGGAGUCCUUUCAGAUCGCUUCAGUUGUUUGGUUCACGUGAUUGCUCCAGCUAUGUGUCCCGAAUGAGGUACCUAAUGAGAUUGAAGGAGGAUGAUGAGGCAUGUCGUACAGCACUGCAGUCUGGGAAUGUGCUGCUUUAUCAUAAGUUGGAACCGCUGCUGGCGCAGACACAGAAGGGAAUGUACCAUCUACAUAUGCUUCAGGCCACAGAUGUCAAAGGAAUUCUGGGAAAACUGGGGAAGGAUGAACAGCUGUUAAACACAUCUGUCCUUAUUGGCUGCUCAGACAACGAUGCAGCACAAUUCUCCCUUGAUGUUGGAAGUCUGGAGAAAGCUGCUGUGGAGGAGAUGUGCGGAGGAGUCUUCGUUGACCUGAGAAAGGCCUUUUUUCUGCUGAAAGAAAAAGAUACUCCUCUGGUAACCAAGGGACAGGCACUCCUCCGCUGGCACCAGACCCACGCCUACUGCAGCGCCACAGGGGAGCCCACGCAGCGUAAUCAGGCUGGCAGCCAGCGUGUGUCCCCUACAAACGGCGCUACUUACUACCCGCAGAUGGCGCCAGUGGUAAUAGUCUUGGUGUCUGAUGGGAAGAGAUGUCUGUUGGCUCGCCAGUCCACUUUUCCAGAGGGGAUGUAUAGCGCACUGGCAGGUUUCUGUGACAUGGGAGAGACGAUAGAGGAGACGCUGAGGAGGGAGGUGGCAGAGGAGGUGGGGCUGGAGGUGGAGUCUCUGCAGUAUUCCAGCUCCCAGCACUGGCCUUUUCCCCAGAGCUCCUUCAUGGUGGCUUGCCACGCCACCGUCAGCUCGGACAAUGCAGAGGUCAAUCUGAAUGGGGUGGAGCUGGAGGACGCAAGGUGGUUCACGCUAGAGGAAAUCGAAGACGCCCUUAAAAAGAAGGCCUUCCCACAAGGCGCAAAAGGAGAGCCCACUGCAAUCUGGGUUCCUCCCAGAUACGCCAUAGCCAAUAAACUUAUCCGGGAGUGGGCGAUUCAGCAGAAGAAGUCAUAAAUAAACAGCAGGAGACUUUGGAAAACUGGAUCCAUUGACAGUACUGGAAGUGCCCCAGCUCGAUGGUUCACACCCUCUUCCCAAGGAAAACGGCACUGUAGGGAUAUGUGUGUCCCUUUCAGACAGAAGGGAGGGGACCAAGCUUCCCCGUCGGUUGAUCGUGCAUCCUCUCUGCCAAAUGUGUAUUAAAUUAAUUCGAUGUGAUGGGGACAUACAAAAUUCACAGCUUUUGGAGUUUAAAAGAAUAUUUCUUAAUUGUGUUUUGGCAUUGCUGCUGAAAUUAGCAUCUGUACAGCCAAGUGCUCAACAGAAGCGCCUUCAGUUAGUAGGCUAGUUGGUAUCCUUACCCUUAAUCAUCUACAGUUAUUAAAAGUCCAGUGACUGACUGCCUUGUAAAUUAAAAUAGAUACAUCUUGCAGUUGUGCCUGCACCUUCUGAAUGUAUUGCCUAAUUGUUUUAAAGGAUUUGAGGUAUUCCAAGCUCUCAGAUGGCUUUUGGUCAGUGUUUUUAAGCUCAAUGGCUACCUCAGUAAUGUGCCAGGUGUGAACUGGUGGCCUGGUUGCAUCAUACAACAUUGCUACCUCAUGCAUUAUCCCCUGAAGAUAAUACAUGUGAUAUUAAAAGGAUGUCACUACUUGAUUUUAAUUACUUGUCCUUUUAUACUUAUCAGUUGUAACCCCUUAAUAAACUAUUAUAGUAACCCCCCUUAAAACAGUUCUCUUUUUUGGGAUUACCUUGCUGUGCAUCUGUGGUGUGCCACAAUAACUUAACAAUGAGUCAGCUAUACAGACCCAACACCACUGAACCAGUCAUGUUUAGAACUUCUCUCUCUGAUGUGUAAUUCAUAAAUGGGUUUCAUUGCACAAUGGC